AUGAACAAUUUAAGUAGAGCAGUGUCAAAUCAUUUAAAGACACGAAUUAAAUAUAGCCAAAUUAGUACAGAUCAUAGAAAUAACAAAAGUAGCAGUUUUACCAAUGCUGCACUUACUACUAAUAAUAAAAAUGUGAAUAAUAAUUAUCAAUUAAAUAAUAAAGAUAACAAUAUUAUUAAAAAAAAUGGCUGUGAAAAUAUUCAAAAUGAUGAUAAAAAAAAUAAUAAUAGAAAUGGAAAAAGAAAAAAUAUCGAUAGCUGUCAAACCUCAUACAAUAACGAGUUCAAUACUAAUAAAAGAAGAGAGCCAGAAAAAAAUAAAGAAUACAUAAAUGACAACAAUGAAGAAAACACUUAUGAUAAUAUGAAUGAAAAUUAUUAUUCGAUACUUGAUGAGCUAGGAAAAUCAGAAAAAGAAAUCUUUAAAUCUGUUAAAGAUAGCAUGGAUGAAAAUUUAAACUUAGAAUUUUUACGAUCCACAAGUGAAAAUUAUAUUUACAAGGUUACAUCAAGAGGCCCCGUUUGCUACUCAUCCACAUACAGAGACGACAAAUAUAUUUAUCGACACAUUAUCUUAAGUGACAAUGUUAGACAGUAUGCUGAAAAAAAGGUAAGGCGAACUAAUGCAUUUUUAACAGAGCAUUGUAUUAUUAAUGAGCUCCAAAUAGAUAUAGGAAAAGGAUGGAAACAUUUUAUGAUAUAUGAUGGAAAAAUAAGGGAACUUAUUUUACGAAAAGUUUUAACUGCAGAAGAUAAAUUAAGAAUGGCUGUUCAAAUGCAAAGAUAUAAUUAA